CACCCAGUGACAUCAGUGAGGUUUGAAGAAGAAGAAAAAGUCUCAACUCAAACUGUGCAGAGGAGGAACAGGAGGGCCGAGAGGUCCCGCUCGGUUUUCUGUCGGUUUUGAGAGUUUUUUUUUUUUUCUUUUAAGCUCCGGAGAGUUUGGGGACCGAAGCGUCCAGACUGCGCGUCAAGUUUUUACUGAAGCGAACCGCGGAGCGCAGAGAGACGCGAGGAUGUCAACUUCAGACGACACGGACGGGCUCCGGCCGAGAUAUGGCUCUGUCCUGGAUGCCGUGGAGCGGCUCACGGCGGAGGAGAUGGACGAGCGGCGGCAGCAGAACAUGGCCUACGAGUACCUGUGUCACCUGGAGGAGGCAAAGAGAUGGAUGGAGGCCUGUCUGGACGAGGAGUUGCCUCCCACCACAGAGCUGGAGGAGGGGCUGAGGAACGGCGUCUACCUGGCCAAACUGGGCAACUUCUUCGCCCCGCACACCGUCUCCCUCAAGAAGAUCUACGACCGCGAGCAAACGCGUUACAAGGCGACAGGUCUCCAUUUCAGACACACAGACAAUGUCAUCCAGUGGCUCAACGCCAUGGCAGAGAAGGGACUGCCAAAGAUCUUCUACCCUGAAACCACAGACAUUUACGACAGAAAGAACAUGCCGCGCUGCAUCUACUGUAUACAUGCGCUCAGCCUGUACCUAUUCAAGCUGGGCCUGGCCCCUCAGAUCCAGGAUCUGUAUGGAAAAGUGGAUUUCACUGAGGAGGAGAUCAACAACAUGAAGAGCGAGCUGGAAAAGUAUGGAAUCCAGAUGCCCGCCUUCAGCAAGAUUGGCGGGAUCCUGGCCAAUGAGCUCUCGGUGGAUGAAGCUGCAUUACAUGCUGCUGUGAUCGCCAUCAACGACGCCAUCGACCACGGCGUUCCAGAUGGCACGUUGGCUGCCAUGCAGAACCCCAACGCCAUGCUGGUCAACCUGGAUCCCAACUCUGCCUGCCAGUACCAUGACACUCUGUGCCAGGCCAAGGGAGAGAAGGUGGCCAGCUCACGCAAACGGCAAAUGGAGAACGCCGAAGCCGAGAGAGACGUCUACGAUGAGCUCCUCACCCAGGCCGAAAUCCAGGGCAACGUCAACAAGGUCAACGUGAGCAAAGCCCUGAGUGCAGCUGAGCAGGCUUUGCUGAGCGGUGAUGAGGAUAAGUUAUACGAGGCCCUCAAAGCCAUGGGCAUUAAGAACCUGCAGCCCCAGAACAAAGGCUGGUACCUCAAACAGAUGCUGGCUGACCGAGAGAACAAAGAGCAGGCGUCUCCAGGAGAAGCUCUUUCUAAAGACGAGUUGCAGAGCGGCGUGGACGUGGCCAAUGAGAUUGCAGAACGUUACAUAAAGAUGUUGAAGGCAGUGGAGCGCAUCAACGGUGCCAUCAGAGCAGGCGUGCCAGAGAAGACAGUGGAGGAGCUGAUGAACCCGGACGCUCAGCUGCCGGAGGUCUACCCCAGCGCUGCCGACCUGUACCAGAGAGAACUGUCCAGCCUACAGCAGCAGAGCGCGGAGGGCUCGCUGUCCCACCCUGAGCUGCUUGUUGCCGUGGAGAUGCUGUCAUCGGUGGUGCUGAUGAACGAGGCGUUGGAUGUCGGAGACCGAGCCGCACUCUGGAAACAGCUGUCCAGUGCUGUCACUGGACUCAGUAAUGUGGAGGAUGAAUAUGCACAGAGGUAUAUGGAUGAACUGAUGCGUCUGAAGGCAGCAGCCAGGGAGCAGGGCAGUGACUACCUGACCUGGAAUGACAUUCAAGCCUGUAUCGACCAGGUCAACCUGGCUGUGCAGGAGGAGCAUGAACGUAUCGCUGCCAUCGGACUGAUCAAUGAGGCCCUGGACGAAGGGGAUCCCAUGAAGACCCUGGCCAUGCUGCAGAACCCCUCAGCCAAGCUCACAGAUGUGGACCCGUCUGUGGCUCAGCACUACCACGACAAACUGCUGGAGGCCCGCAGGGAGAAGGCUCAUGAGACCCAGGAUCCCUCUGCUGUGCUGUGGCUGGAUGAGAUUCAGGAUGCUAUUCUGAAGGCUAAUCAGGACACACAGGAAGCCAUCCAGUUCGCGCAGUCCGUCCAGGCCAUCAAUGAGGCGGUGGACAGCGGCGAUGCGGCUCAGACCCUUGCCGCUCUGCGGAACCAGGGGGCGGGACUGUACGGCGUCACCUCAGAGUGUGCCCAGACCUACCAGGACGACCUGGCCAAGAUCAAAGACGAGAAAAAGAAAGAAGGCGAUAAUGACAGUGAGUGGGUGAAACACUGGGUGAAGGGAGGACACAAUUAUUACUACAACCUGAAGACCCGCGAGGGCACCUGGGUGGAGCCAGAGGGCUUCCUGCAAAACAACACGCAGCUCAACAAGGAGGACAUCCAGUCUGUGGUUUCCGGGGUAACCACGGCCUACAAUCGAGAGCAGCUGUGGCUGGCCAACGAGACUCUAAUUACCAAGCUGCAAGCUCGUUGUCGUGGCUACCUCGUGAGGAACGGCCUAAAGGAGCGGAUGAACUUCCUUAAAUCCCAAGACCCAGCUGUUACACGCAUACAGGCCCACUGGAAAGGCUACAAACAGAGGCAGAACUUCAAAGGCCGCAAACAGUAUCUGAAAGACCACACCGCCGAGGCUGUCAAGAUCCAGUCCAUGGUCCGGAUGCAUCAGGCUCGGAAGAAGUACAAGGAUCGUCUAAAGUACUUCCAGGAUCACAUCAAUGAUGUGGUGAAGAUCCAGGCUUUCAUUAGAGCCAACAAGGCCAGGGACGACUACAAGACGCUGAUCAGCGCUGAUGAUCCUCCGAUGGCGGUGGUGAGGAAGUUCGUCCACCUGCUGGACCACAGCGACCAGGACUUUCAGGAGGAGCUGGAGCUGAUGCGGCUCCGUGAGGAGGUGGUCACCAACAUCCGCUCCAACCAGCAGCUGGAGAACGACCUGAACCUGAUGGACAUCAAAAUCGGCCUGCUGGUGAAGAACAAGAUCACGCUGCAGGAGGUGGUGUCCCACAGCAAGAAGCUGACCAAGAAGAACAAAGGCCAGCUGUCCGACAUGAUGAUGAUGAACAAGCAGAGGGGAGGCCUGAAGGCCCUCAGCAAGGAGAAGAGGGUCAAACUGGAAGCCUACCAAUACCUGUUUUACCUGUUACAGACCAACCCCACUUACCUCGCCAAGCUGAUCUUCCAGAUGCCGCAGAAUAAAUCCACAAAGUUCAUGGACUCUGUGAUCUUCACCCUGUAUAACUACGCCUCUAACCAGAGAGAGGAGUACCUGCUGCUCAAGCUCUUCAAAACUGCCCUGCAGGAGGAGAUCAAGUCUAAAGUGGAUCAGAUGAAGGAGAUCGUGACAGGAAACCCUACGGUCAUCAAGAUGGUGGUGAGUUUCCACCGAGGGGCGCGGGGACAGAACGCCCUGAGGCAGAUCCUGGCACCGGUCGUCAAGGAGAUCAUGGACGACAAAACGCUAAACAUCAAAACCGACCCGGUGGACAUCUACAAGAGCUGGGUCAACCAGAUGGAGACGCAGACCGGAGAGGCCAGUAAGCUGCCGUAUGACGUGACUCCGGAGCAGGCUAUGUCCCACGAGGAGGUGAGGACCAGACUGGAAGCCUCCAUCAAGAACAUGAAGACGAUCACCGACAAGUUCCUGUCCGCUAUCGUCGUCUCGGUGGAUAAAAUUCCAUAUGGGAUGCGGUUCAUCUCCAAGGUGCUCAAGGACACCCUGCAUGAGAAGUUCCCAGAUGCUACAGAGGACGAGCUUCUCAAGAUUGUGGGGAACCUCUUGUAUUACCGCUACAUGAACCCGGCCAUCGUGGCGCCCGAUGCCUUCGACAUCAUCGAGGUGUCAGCGGGCGGCCAGCUGACCACCGAGCAGCGGCGGAACCUGGGCUCCGUCGCCAAGAUGCUGCAGCACGCUGCUUCUAAUAAGAUGUUUCUGGGGGACAACGCCCACCUCAACCCCAUCAAUGAAUAUCUCAGCGCCUCGUAUCAGAAGUUCAGGCGUUUCUUCAUGGCAGCAUGCGACGUCCCCGCAUUGGAAGAUAAGUUCAACGUGGAUCAGUAUUCUGACUUAGUCACCGUCACCAAACCCGUCAUCUACAUCUCCAUCGGAGAGAUAAUUAACACUCACACGCUGCUGCUGGACCAUCAGGACGCCAUCGCUCCAGAGCACAAUGACCCCAUCCACGAGCUGCUGGAGGACCUGGGCGAGGUUCCCACUGUCGAGUCUCUCAUCGGUGAAAAUCCUCUCCCUCCCGACGACCCCAACAAAGAGCUGAUGGGGAAGACCGAGGUUUCGCUCACGCUCACUAACAAGUUUGACGUCCCCGGUGAGGCCAACGUUGAGAUGGACGCCAGGACUCUCCUGCUCAACACCAAGAGGCUGAUUGUGGACGUGAUCCGGUUCCAGCCUGGGGAGACGCUAACUGAGAUCUUGGACUCAACAGCCAGCCCAGAGCAGGAAGCAGAGUACCAGCGUGCCAUGCAGAGGAGGGCCAUCCGAGAUGCCAAGACCCCAGAGAAGAUGAAGCAGGUCAAACCGGUGGUGGACGACAGCCUGACGCUGCAGGGCAAAAAGGACAAGAUCAAGAGCAACCUGCAGAGGCUGGCGGAGCUGGGGAAGGUUCACCCCGAGAACCGCUAUCAGGACCUCAUCAACGACAUAGCCAAGGACAUCAGAAAUCAGAGACGGUAUCGUCAGCGUAGGAAAGCCGAGCUGGUGAAACUUCAGCAGACGAACUCCGCCCUGAAUUCAAAGACCAAAUUUUACAAUGUGCAGAUUGAUUCAUACAAUCAGUAUAUCAAGACAUGCAUGGACAACCUGGCCAGCAAGGGCAAGUUGUCAAAGAAACCAGGUGACCAGAAGGCCAAGAAGAGUAAACAGGUGUCACAGAAAUACACGGCCUCUCGCCUCCACGAGAAGGGGGUGCUGAUCGCGAUCGAGGAUCUGCAGCCCAACCAAUUCAAGAAUGCUAUUUUUGAGAUUUCGCCAUCAGAGACGGUCGGAGUGUUUGAUGUGAAGGCCAAGUUCAUGGGCGUGCACUUGGAGACAUUACAGUUAGAAUAUCAGGAUCUCCUCCAGCUGCAGUAUGAAGGGGUGGCGGUGAUGAAGCUCUUCGACAGGGCCACCAUCAACGUCAACCUGCUCAUUUUCCUGCUCAACAAGAAAUUUUAUGGGAAAUAGAGAAACAGGAGAAAAGGGGCAACAGACACUGAUUCAAACCACCAGACCCACUUUCACGGGUCGCUCAAAGCCCUGACUUGAACCAUCCCGGCUUUCCUAUACAUUCCCUACUGCACUUCUCCUUUGCGCCUAUGCAAAUUAAUGUGCAUUAUUUUUUAUCAUGUGGACCACAAUUUGUGCUUUAUUCUUCAUGGAACACUCCAUUGUGCAACUUGAGCAAGCAAACCACAGACGCUUGCUGGAGUUUUUCUUCCUGUCUCUGUUACUGUCUGUAACUGCAGCUAGGUCACAGGUUUAAGAUCUGUAUUUUUUGCUUUAAAUAUUAUGAAUAUCCUGUGCAUGGGCUUUGAAUAAUUAUAAAAAAUUAUGUUUUAUGUAAAGAGAUCACGUUUUAUGUCUUUCUUAGCUGUUAGUUUUUCCGCUCACCUGGCUGAUAAAGGCCUGAUAAACAUCUCCGCUGCCAAAGAGCGAGCGUUCUUUUCAGCAGGGCUGUAGCACGUGAGGAAGCGUUGUACAAGUCCUGACCUGGUCUUGGCCUCCAUGACGCCGUCUCAUUUUUGUGUUUGAUUUUUGUGUUGUUGCUUGACACAAAUUGAAAAAAAAAAACUGAAAGAGGUGGAGGGAAAAAAAAAAACAAGAUGCACUCCUCCUCCUUCUUCACCACAUUUUAUUUUGAAAACACUGUAGUUUAAAGUAUUUCUCUCUCUCUUGAUUUGGAUUCAACCCCCCUCAACAUAAAAUGCACACAAAUAUUCUGAUAUCAAUGCAAAGAGAAAGUGGCAUCAGACAUAGUAUUUGGAGAAAAAAAUUGUGCAACAAUUGCCAUGCUCAUAUUGAGCUGUUGACCUCAAAACUUGACAUUUUUCAAUAUAAAUAACUUUAGAAUACAAUUUUUUGCAAUAGCAUGACAAAUUCCCAUUACACCACUCACACCUAGCCUGUUACUGGCACCAGUGUUGGGGAGUUACAUGAAACAGUAUUACAUAAUUCAAUUACAAAGUAAAUGUAAUUGUAAUCUGUUACAGUUACUGAGGAAAGAAAAUAAAAAAAAUUACAUUUACUAUUCAAAAUGUCAGAGAUUACAAAAGAGUUGCAUUGUAAUCUUGCUCGGUUAAACCUGAGAUGUAGAAUAUAACAUGUCCGAGCAGGAAGGCCGCCUUCUGUCGUAUCUGUGGACAACCUGGUGACAGGUGUGAGCUCGCUUACUUAAUUCAGCGUUUUGUUUUCAUUGAAUAUUAACAUGAGAGGUCAUUAGGUUGUGAAUAUCUACAGGGAAUCAACAGACUAAAUUAAUGUUCCUGAAAAGUAAUCAAACAGUAAGUUACAUUACUUUGAUAAAGUAAUUAAAGUUACAUAGCUUAUUACAUUUUAAACAGGGGAAUCAGUGAUCUGUAACCUAUUACAUUUCAAAGGUAACCUUCCCAACACUGGCACUAUCAGGCUCUGUAGUCUUCCCUUUUUCUUGACAAGUCAGGAUGUUUGUCUUCGGUUUGUCUCGGACUGGACCGAGUGGCCAUGACUUCAGCCCUGAUGCUCAGAACUGACCUACAGUACGUUUGUGCUCCUGUUGGCUCCUAGCUCUCCUGCACACCAGGCUGUGCAGAUGUGGUCAGUCACUGGCUUUCUCAGAUUACUUACUGGAAAUUAAAUGUUUUUAUAAAUCUUAUGGGCUGUUUAUCUUGAAUAAACUAAAUCAGUUUAGUAAACAUAACUUCAUGUCUGUUAAUCUGUAAAACAUGAGAUGGGCUAUGGAAGUGUAAGAUGGACAUUGUCUUGUUGAAAAUAAUUUGAUAAAGUUGCCCUUAUUUAUAUUUUAUAUGUUGUGAGUCCACAUUAUACUGUAGCAAAACCUAAGGCAGAUCAUGUGAGUUAGCUAGUGAGCUUGAGGAUGUGCAGUAUUACAGUAACUAGACUUGUGGGUCCAGCAGAUAUCACUGUACACCAUCUCAUUUUAGUGAAGUGGUGAUUGUAUCAGAGUAAUUUCAAGGAGCCUUAAAUUGCGAUUCCACAGGGACUCAUUGAACCAGAUGUUGAUUUUCUGUCUGUACAUUAUUUGCUCUCAUUCAGUCAAUCGAGUGUAUUUGACCUGUUUUAGAAUAAAGCGCUACAGAUGCA